AUGGCCGCGCAAUCGGACGGCAAGAGCUUCGCGCAGCUGUACGACGUGCACGCGGAGGAGCCGCUGGACUCGGCCGCCAUCCACAUCUGCCAGUGCUGCCGCACGAGCGCGUGCUACUGGGGCUGCCGGUCCGCGUGCCUCGGGUCUCUUCUUGGAGGAGGAGGAGGAACCGGGACGAUCGCGGGGGGCGUGCGCGAGACGCACUGCCCCCCGCGCGAGCAGCUGUGGCUGGACUGCCUGUGGAUCGUGCUCGCGCUGCUCGUGUUCUUCUGGGACGUCGGUACCGACCUCUGCCUCGCGGCGGACUACUACCGGCGGCGGGACUACCUGUGGUUCGGCCUCACGCUCUUCUUCGCGCUCGUGCCCUCCGUGCUCGUGCAGAUCCUGAGCUUCCGGUGGUUCGUGCAGGACUACACCGGCGGGGGGCUCGGGGAGGUGGAGGGGCUGAGUAAGCGAGGCGGGGGUGACGGCGCGCACGCGCACGUGCACGGCUGCCUGGACCCCGGGAGGGACCGGCUGCAGCUGGCCGCCGUGUGGAUGUGGCAGGCCGCCAUACACGUCCUGCAGCUGGGGCAAGUGUGGAGGUACAUCCGGACGCUGUACCUGGGCGUGAUGUCGCGGCGGCAGAAGGAGCACCAGCGCCGCUGGUACUGGGCCAUGAUGUUCGAGUACGCCGACGUCAACAUGCUGCGCCUGCUGGAGACUUUCCUGGAGUCGGCGCCGCAGCUGGUCCUGCAGCUCUGCAUCAUGAUCCAGGAGAACCGGGCCGAGACGCUGCAGUGCAUCUCCUCGCUCGCCUCCCUCCUCUCCCUCGCCUGGGUCCUGGCCUCCUACCACAAGCUGCUGCGUGACUCCCGCGACGACCAGCGCAGCAUGAGCUACCGCGGCGCGCUGCUGCACCUCUUCUGGCGCCUGUUCACCAUCUCGUCACGCGUGCUGGCGCUGGCGCUCUUCGCCUCGCUCUUCCACAUCUACUUCGGCAUCUUCGUGGUGCUGCACUGGUGCGCCAUGGCGUUCUGGGUGGUGCACGGCGGCACCGACUUCUGCAUGUCCAAGUGGGAGGAGGUGCUGUUCAACAUGGUGGUGGGCAUCGUCUACAUCUUCUGCUGGUUCAACGUCAAGGAGGGCCGCACGCGGUCCAGGAUGGUGGUGUACUACACCGUGGUGCUGGCCGAGAACACCGUGCUCACCGGGCUGUGGUACGCCUACCGCGACCCGGCGCUGACCGACUCCUACGCCGUGCCGGCGCUGUGCGGCGUCUACCUGACCUUCGCCGGCGGCGUCCUGGUCAUGCUGCUGUACUACGGCUUCCUCCACCCGGCCACCGCCCACCUGACGCCGAGCCCCGCCUCCUCCUGCUGCGCCCAGCUGCUGUGGGGGCUGCCGCUGCCGCCGUCGGCCCCGCCCACCGCGCCGCCGACGCCGGCGCACAUGGCGAAAGAAGAAGACGACGACGUCGCCGUGGAAACCUGCCUCCCCGUCUUCCAGGUGCGGGCGACGGCGCCCUCUGCCGCCAAACAGGAAGGCCCGCUGAUCAAGAUCGACAUGCCGCGGAAGCGCUACCCGGCGUGGGACGCCCACUACGUGGACCGCCGCCUGCGCCGCACCAUCAACAUCCUGCAGUACGUCACGCCGGCGGCGGUGGGCAUCCGCUACCGCGACGGGCCGCUGCUGUACGAACUGCUGCAGUACGAGUCCUCGCUCUGACACGCACACACACGUGCACGCACAUACACACACAAACACACACACAGAGCACACUU